UGCUGUGUGACCACGGAGGCGAGCGUACCCCUCCUGGGCCGCAGUUUCCCUGACAGCCAUGGGCCAUGUUCUCAGGCUGGAGCGGGCAUGGGGGCUCCUGGGAUGGAACAGGGAUGCGCGUGAGGACCGAAUUUGACACAAAAUCUCUUCCUGGGGCUCAGCGUCGGUUUUCUCGUCUGUGGAAUGGGGAGCUAACUCCCCUGGCAGGGAGCUGGGAAGAGCCGUGGCCAGGGGCCACACCCCACCCCCGCCCCCGCGCGGCGUGGCCGAGUGAGCCUCAGUUUCCUGCCCUGGGCAGUGGGUCCCGCUCCUGCCUAGUGCGUGGCUGACAUCGGAAGGGGCCGGGAGGGGCGAGGGCGCAGGUCGCCGCGGCGUGGCGUGCCGUGAGGGAGGCGCCAGCCCCGCGGGGCGGGCCGGCGAGCUGCGGGGCCACGCAGAGAUCCCGCCUCCCGCGCGCCCGCGCCCGCGGUGCCACCCCGCCGCGGCGCCGGCAACUUUGGGAUGGAGUUUGUGCGGACGCUGUGGCUCUGUCUGGCGCUGGCGCUGGGGCCGGGGCCCGCCAGGGGCCACCCGGAGCCGUGCGGCGUCCUGGCGCGCCUGGGGGGCUCGGUGCGCUUGGGCGCCCUCCUGCCCCGCGCGCCCGCCGCCCGCGCCCGCGUCCUCGCCGCCCUGGCCGGGGCCGCCCUGGCGUCGCGGCUGCCGCACAACCUGAGCCUGGAGCUGGCGGCCGCCGCGCCCCCUGCCCGCGACCCGGCCUCGCUGGCCCGCGGCCUGUGCCAGGCGCUGGCGGCCCCGGGCGUGGCGGCGGUGCUGGCCUUCCCGGAGGCGCGGCCCGAGCUGCUGCAGCUGCACUUCCUGGCGGCGGCCACGGAGACCCCCGUGCUCAGCGUGCUGCGGCGGGAGGCGCGCGCGCCCCUCGGGGUCCCGAACCCGUUCCACCUACAGCUGGACUGGGCCAGCCCCCUGGAGACGCUGCUUGACGUGCUGGUGUCUCUGCUGCGGGCACACGCCUGGGAGGAGGCCAGCCUGGUGCUCUGCCGUGUGCGGGACCCUGCUGGCCUGGUGGCCCUCUGGACAGCCCGGGCCGGCAGGGCCCCGAAGCUGGUGCUGGACUUGAGUCGGCCAGACACAGGCGCCAAGGGGCUGCAGGCACUCCUGGCCCCCCUGGGGGCUCCAGCAGGGGGCUCGGCCCCUGCCCCUGCGGCUGUGCUCCUGGGUUGCAGCCCCGCCCACGCGAGGCAGGUGUUGCAGGCCGCACCCCCCGGCCCUCCCCACUGGCUGCUGGGCACGCCACUGUCCACCGAGGUCCUGCCCUCCGAGGGCCUGCCCCUGGGGCUGCUGGCCCUGGGCGAGGUGGCCCGGCCGCCGCUGGAGGCCGCCGUUCACGACGCUGUGGAGCUGGUGGUGCGAGCCCUGGGUCAUGCCGCGCGGGUGGAGCCGGAGCACGCCCUCCUGCCCACCAUGGUCAACUGCAGCGGCCAGCAGCUGGCCGGGCCCGUGUCCUCCGGCCGCCUCUUGGCGCGGUUCCUAGCCAACACGUCCUUCCGGGGCCGCACGGGAUCCGUGUGGGUGAGCCGCUCCUCCCAGGUACACAUCUCCCGGUACUUCCGAGUGUGGAGCCUGCGCCAGGACCCGCGGGGUGCCCCGACCUGGGCCACCGUGGGUAGCUGGCGGGCCGGGCAGCUGGAGUCCCAGCCAGGUGGCGCCCCCGCACAGCCCCCGCCCUCGCCGGGAGCCCGAGCCCGGCCCAAGCUGCGCGUGGUGACGCUGGUGGAGCAUCCCUUCGUGUUUGCCCGGGAGCCUGACGAGGAUGGGCAGUGCCCCGCGGGGCAGCUGUGCCUGGCCCCUGGCACCAACGACUCGGCCACCCUGGACGCACUGUUCGCCGCGCUGGCCAACGGCUCGGUGCCCCGCGCCCUGCGCAGGUGCUGCUUCGGCUACUGCAUUGACCUGCUGGAGCGCCUGGCGGACGACACGCCCUUCGACUUCGAGCUGUACAUCGUGGGUGACGGCAAGUACGGCGCCCUGCGGGACGGCCGCUGGACCGGCCUGGUGGGGGACCUGCUGGCCGGCAGGGCGCACAUGGCUGUCACCAGCUUCAGCAUCAACUCGGCCCGCUCCCAGGUGCUGGACUUCAGCAGCCCCUUCUUCUCCACCAGCCUGGGCAUCAUGGUGCGGGCCCGCGACACGGCCUCGCCCAUCGGCGCCUUCAUGUGGCCGCUGCACUGGUCCAUGUGGCUGGGUGUCUUUGCCGCCCUGCACCUCACCGCGCUCUUCCUCACGCUGUACGAGUGGCGCAGCCCCUACGGCCUCACGCCGCGGGGCCGGAACCGGGCCACCGUGUUCUCCUACUCCUCGGCCCUCAACCUCUGCUAUGCCAUCCUCUUUGGACGCACCGUGUCCAGCAAGACGCCCAAGUGCCCCACGGGGCGCCUGCUCAUGAACCUGUGGGCCAUCUUCUGCCUGCUCGUGCUGUCCAGCUACACGGCCAACCUGGCCGCCGUCAUGGUCGGGGACAAGACCUUCCUGGAGCUGUCGGGGAUCCAUGACCCCAAGCUGCACCACCCGUCCCAGGGCUUCCGCGUGGGCACCGUGUGGGAGAGCAGCGCCGAGGCCUACAUCAAAAAGAGCUUCCCCGACCUGCACGCGCACAUGCGGCGCCACAGCGCGCCCACCACGCCGCACGGCGUCGCCAUGCUCACGAGCGACCCCCCCAAGCUCAACGCCUUCAUCAUGGACAAGUCGCUCCUGGACUACGAGGUCUCCAUCGACGCCGACUGUAAACUGCUGACCGUGGGCAAGCCUUUCGCCAUGGAGGGCUACGGCAUCGGACUCCCUCAGAACUCGCCGCUCACCUCCAACCUGUCCGAGUUCAUCAGCCGCUACAAGUCCUCCGGUUUCAUCGACUUGCUGCACGACAAGUGGUACAGGAUGGUUCCUUGUGGGAAGCGCGUCCUCGCCGUUACAGAGACACUGCAGGUGGGCGUCUACCACUUCUCGGGACUCUUCGUGCUGCUCUGCCUGGGGCUGGGCAGCGCUCUGCUCAGCUGCCUGGGCGAGCACGUCUUCUACCACCUGGUGCUCCCGCGCAUCCGCAGGGGCAAGAAGCUGCAGUACUGGCUGCACACGAGCCAGGUGAGCGGCCGGAGGAGCGAGCCGGGGGUGGGGGGUGGAGGGUGGGGGUGGGGCGGGCAGCAUCCCCUGACCCCGACCGAGCCUCUGGGCUUGCAGAGAAUCCACCGCGCCCUCAACACAGAGCCGCCGGGAGUCGAGGAGCCAGGCCCCAGGGCUCUGGAGGACCAGCAGCAGGACGCACCGGCAGCGUCUGCGGCGAGCUGGACCCGGGUGCGCCGGGCCAUGGCGAGGGAGUGUCGCGUGCGCUUCUUGCUGGAGCCCGCAGAAGCCGCCGCGGCGCCUGACUCGGAGGAGGCGGGGCGGCCAGAGGGCCCGGUCUGGCUGUGUUCCAACGGCCGCCUGCCAGCUGUGCUGCCCUCGAGCCCUCCGGGUCCCGGCGAGCUGCAGGAGCUGGAGCAGCGCAUCCAGAGUGCGCGGGAGCGGCUCCGCCAGGCCCUGGCGCGGCGAGGCGAGCUGCUGGACCAGCUGGGGCACGGGGACCGGCCUCUGCGCCUGCUCCAAAGCACCUGAAGGCGCCCGACGACGCAAGGAACGCACCCCCUGCCCGGCGCAGGCGCCCCCCCCCCCGGC